GUUUUUAAUAAGAAGCUUCUGAAAAAGGUUAGGGCAUCUAAAGAUCUGACAAGUGGGACCCUAUGUCUUAAGAGGACCAAGUUGUCCUUUCUGAAGCCAAAUAUAGCUGUUUCUAGUUCCCCUACACCCUUUGUAAUCCUAUCAAGCUCUAAGAUUCCAUUUGGUACACCUACCCUACUUUUAGUCCAUCCCCUGAGCGCUAAGAUUAUUGGGGAGUUUGCUUUGGACCUUGAAAGCUCAUAUAAAUUGGGCCCUCAUAUUCUUGAAGUUUCUCUUCUUACUAGUAGUUCUUCUCUUGUUCCAUCAAAGGUCAAAGGGAAAGAUACGCUUCUUGAGGGAAAGUAUAUAGGGGAGUCACAGGCCCUUGAGGGGUCUAGGCCUUCAAUGUGGGACAAUGGAGAGGAGGAAUGA